AUGUCUGAACAGGCGAACGUGUUCACACUUGAGCGAUGUGAUUGGUGUGCCCGACUCAUCGAACGACAACCCAGUGUAACAGAAGAUGCUCAGCCACUGCUCGCUUCGAACAACAUCCAGGAACAGAAAGAACUAGUGGCUGCUUCGUUAUCUAGAGCGCAUUCCACUCGGUUGACCGGCCUGUUUUGCUUGACAUGCUUGACAACAAGGAAUGCCCUGAAAGGUGGCAAACAUAAUAAACUCUUUGUAUUCCCAGACUUCCUGACGUGUGAGAUUAUACGGCGAGCUCUCUAA